UCUGCAGCGGGUUCUGGCCUAGAGUGAUGGCUGAGGAGAACCACACUACUCUGCCCGAAUUCCUCCUUCUGGGAUUCUCUGACCUCAGGGCUCUGCAGGGCCCCCUGUUCUGGGUGGUGCUCCUGGUCUACCUGAUCACCCUGCUGGGCAACUCCCUGAUCAUCCUCCUCACGCGGGCCAGCCCCACCCUGCACGCCCCCAUGUACUUCUUCCUGCGCCAGCUCUCCGUGGUGGAGCUCCUCUACACCGCUGACAUCAUGCCUAGGACCCUGGCUGACCUCACCUCCUCCCACCCCCAGGCCAUCUCCUUCCAGGGCUGUGUAGCCCAGAUGUACACCUUCAUUGUCCUGGGCAUCUCGGAGUGCUGCCUGCUCACAGCCAUGGCCUACGACCGGUAUGCCGCCAUCUGCCGGCCCCUACACUACUCCACCCUCAUGAGCCAGAGGGCCUGUAGGGCCAUGCUGGGCACCUCCUGGCUCCUGGGCAUCAUCACGGCCACCACCCAUUGCUCCCUCAUCUUCACUCUGCCUUUCCCCAGCCACCCAGUCAUCCCGCACUUCCUCUGUGACAUCCUGCCAGUACUGAGGCUGGCAAGUGCCGGGAAACACCAGAGCGAGAUCUCGGUGAUGACAGCCACCGUGGUCUUCAUCAUGGUCCCCUUCUCUCUGAUUGUCACCUCUUACGCCCGCAUCCUGGGUGCCGUUCUAGCAAUGGCCUCCACCCAGAGUCGCCGCAAGGUCUUCUCCACCUGCUCCUCCCACCUGUUGGUGGUCUCCCUCUUCUUUGGAACAGCCAGCAUCACCUACAUACGGCCCCAAGCAGGCCCCUCUGCCACCACAGACCGCAUUCUCAGUCUCUUCUACACAGUCAUCACUCCCAUGCUCAACCCCAUCAUCUAUACCCUUCGGAACAAGGAGGUGAUGGGGGCCCUGCAGCAUGUGGUGAAGAGGCCAGUCCUCCUGCCCUAAAGGGACUCAGAGGAUG